AUGCAUCCUGCACCCUGCACCUUAUACCCUACACCCUACACCCUGCACCCUGCACCUUAUACCCUACACCCUAUACCCUGCACCCUGCACCCUGCACCCUGCACCUUAUACCCUGCACUCUGCAUCCUGCACCUUCCUGCACCCUGCACCUUGCACCCUGUAGCCUGCACCCUGCAGCCUGUACCCUGCACCCUGCACCUUGUACCCUGCACCCUGCACCUUAUGCCCUGUAUCCUGCACCCUGUACCCUGUACCCUGCACCCUGCACACUGUGUCAUGCACCUUGCACCCUAUACCCUGCACCCUGCACCUUAUGCCCUGUAUCCUGCACCCUGUACCCUGUACCCUGCACCCUGCACCCUGCACCCUGUACCCUGCACCCUGCACCCUGCACCUUGUACCCUGCACCCUGCACCUUAUGCCCUGUAUCCUGCACCUUGCACCCUGUACCCUGCACCCUGUACCCUGCACCCUGCACACUGUGUCAUGCACCUUGCACCCUAUACCCUGCACCCUAUACCAUGCACCCUAUACCAUGCACCCUGUAGCCUGCACCCUACACCUUAUACCCUGUAUCCUGCACCUUAUACCCUGCAUCAUGCAUCCUAUACCCUGUACCCUGCACCCUAUACCCUGCACCCUGCACCCUAUACCCUGCAUGAUGAAUACUUUAAAGUUAACAAGAAACACGGAGAGGAGGUGCAGGAGGAGGUUCAGGAGGAGCAGGUGCAAGUGGAAGUGCAGGAGGUGCAGGAGGAGGUUCAGGAGGAUCAGGUGGAGGUGGAGGAGCAGGUGGAGGUGCAGGAGAAGGUGGAGCAAGAGGAGGUGCAGGAGGAGCAGGUGCAGACCAGCUGGCUCAGUGACCACUCUGAGCACUAUGAGUGCUCUGAACUCUCUAAAUGCUCUGAAUGCUCUGAACACUGUGAACACUCUGAAUGUUCUGAAACCUCAGUGACCACUCUGAGCACUAUGAGUGCUCUGAACUCUCUAAAUGCUCUGAAUGCUCUGAACACUGUGAACGCUCUGAAUGCUCUGAACGCUCUCAAACAAGAGCUGCUGAACACCUCCAAUGUUCCUGAUGCUGACUGCCCCCCCUCCCCUCCCCGCACCGCCCCCCCCACCAUGAAGUCGGCUCAUUUCUUUGACAUGAUGGAAAAGAUGGAGCAGGUGCCAGAAGCUGCUGAGAUGAAGACGAUCCCUCCGAGACAGAAGGACGACUACAUCCCUUAUCCGAGGAUUGAGGAGGUGUUGGAGAGGGGCGGGCCGUACCCUCAGAUCAUCCUACCGGAGUUUGGAGGUUACUGGAUUGAGGAUCCUGAGGCUCCUCCUCCUGCUCCUCCUCCCCCCUCCCUGGAGAUCAGGGGGGAGGAGGAGGAGCAGAAGGAGCAGCAGGAGCAGCAGGAGCAGCAGGAGCAGCAGGAGGAGCAGGAACAGGAGGAGGUCACACCUGCAGGGGAUUAUGGGUAUCGUCUGGAGGAGAUAAACGAGGCUGCGCGGGCGUACAGGAAGCACUUUUUGGGCAGGGAGCAUUUAAACUUCUCCUGCUCGGCCAGCAGUCAGGGAAACCUGCUGCUGUCUGUCAGACAUGAAGAAGAGAAGGAGCAGGAGUUCCUCCACGUCAUCGUCAGGUCUCGGCUGAAGAGCGUCUAUCACAGACUGUCUCUGACUGAGCUGCCUGAAAUCCCGAGUGUCCCGGAGCUCGCUAAGCUGCUGUGUGAUGAAGCAGCCGGUCUGCGUUUCAGUCCCGUCCUCUACCCGAAGGCGUCUCAGCUGAUCGUAAGCUACGACGAGCACGAGGUCAACAACACCUUCAAGUUCGGAGUCAUUUACCAGCGAUUUGGACAGGUGUCUGAGGAGGAGCUGUUCAGGAACAACGAGGAGACGCCGGCCUUCACAGAGUUCCUGCAGCUGCUGGGAGACACGGUGGAGCUGCAAGACUUUAAAGGGUUUCGGGGGGGUCUGGAUGUGUCCCACGGUCAGACCGGCUCUCAGUCCGUCUACACCGUCCACAGACAGCAGGAGAUCAUGUUCCACGUCUCCACCAAGCUGCCCUUCACUGAGGGAGACACGCAACAGCUACAGAGGAAACGCCACAUAGGAAAUGACAUCGUCGCCGUGGUUUUCCAAGAAGAGUCCACGCCGUUCGUCCCAGACAUGAUCGCCUCCAACUUCCUCCACGCCUUCGUCCUGGUGCAGGUGGAGGAGCCCUGCUCUGAUAAAACCUCCUACAAGGUGUCUGUUACAGCACGAGAAGACGUACCUCAGUUUGGCCCGCCCCUCCCAAACCCUGCCGUGUUUAAGAAGGGUCCAGAGUUCAGAGAGUUUCUUCUCACCAAACUCAUCAACGCAGAGCUGGCCUGCUACAAGAGCGACCGCUUCGCCCGACUGGAGGAGCGUACCCGGGCCGCCCUGCUGGACAGCCUCCACGACGAGCUGCAGAGACACUCCCAGUGCAUGCUGGGAUUGACCUCAGGUCUGGAGGAGGAGGGGCGAGCGGAGAACGGCCACGCCCACGGAGGUCUGCUGGAGUCCAUCAAGAGGGCGAUGCGAGGACGGAGCGUCUCCAUGGAGACCAUGUCAAGGGGUGGGGCAAACCUGCCCACCAGUCUGAGUGGGGGGGGUCUGGCACACAUCAGUGCUGAGUGUACUGUGAAAUCUCCGGUGAAGAGACGCUCAGGUCUGUUUCCUCGACUGCUGAGCGUCGACAGCCAAACAGACAAACACAACCACAGAAGCCUCCUCAGUGAGCAGAGGAGCUUUGACGGCUGCCAACCGACUCUGGAGGUGAAGUCAGAGCUGCCGUCCAAUCCCAGCUCUCCAGAGGCGGGACAACGAGAUAAGAUUCAUGUGAGGAAGGAGAGCAGUAAGAUCUCCAGAUCAACAUCCAGCAGCUGCAGCUUCGUUAUCGGUGCUGACGACGGUCACCUGGCUGCCACGGCUGAGGGUCAAAGUUCAAGUCCGCUGAUGGUCUGUCGCAGCCCCACAGAGAUGAAAAAUAAAAACUCUCCCAGAUCCAACCUCAAGUUUCGUUUUGAAAAGCUGAGUCACUCCACGACAAUGGUGACCGUUGAGGGUGAGAAGUGUCCAUACUUCCACACUCAACCUUUCGACUGGUUUGAAGAUAUUUGA